UCAGAGGGACAGGAAUUUCCUUCUUCCUUUCCUACUUCCCCCUCAACCAAGAGUUGGGAGAGUGGGAAGAAGGCGCCAAGUGCACGCUGCUGGCGCUUGCAGCCCCCAGAGGCCUGAGAUCCGACCACAGGACGGCCCUGCCUGGACCACGGACCUGGUCGGCCUGCCUGUUGAGGCGAGGUUGUGGAUGUCCCCGGACCCUAGUGGUCCCUGCUUCGGAUGAUGUAGGGCAACAUCCACCUGAACGCACAUCACUACCAAGGCCAAGGUUUUGGAAGGAAGCCCUUCUCCUCUCCCAUCUCAAUAUUAGACCAUGGGACCAUGGGCCACGGGGCUCAGGCCGCCGACCCUGGAGCCCUGACCAGUGAACACAGUUGCCUGUCCUUUACCCUUGUGUCCAUCCAGGAGCGGCCUUCUGCCAGCUUCUGUGUUGCCCGUCCUUGGUCCACUUGAAUCUCUUGAGAGAGCUGAGUCCUGUGUGUGCCUAGGCCCUGCCACAGGGACCUGGUCGGCCUGCCUGUUGAGGCGAGGUUGUGGAUGUCCCCGGACCCUCGUGGUCCCUGCUUCGGAUGAUGUAGGGCAGCAUCCACCUGAACGCACAUCACUACCAAGGCCAAGGUUUUGGAAGGAAGCCCUUCUCCUCUCCCAUCUCAAUAUUAGACCAUGGGACCAUGGGCCACGGGGCUCAGGCCGCCGACCCUGGAGCCCUGACCAGUGAACACAGUUGCCUGUCCUUUACCCUUGUGUCCAUCCAGGAGCGGCCUUCUGCCAGGGACCUGGUCGGCCUGCCUGUUGAGGCGAGGUUGUGGAUGUCCCCGGACCCUCGUGGUCCCUGCUUCGGAUGAUGUAGGGCAGCAUCCACCUGAACGCACAUCACUACCAAGGCCAAGGUUUUGGAAGGAAGCCCUUCUCCUCUCCCAUCUCAAUAUUAGACCAUGGGACCAUGGGCCACGGGGCUCAGGCCGCCGACCCUGGAGCCCUGACCAGUGAACACAGUUGCCUGUCCUUUACCCUUGUGUCCAUCCAGGAGCGGCCUUCUGCCAGGGACCUGGUCGGCCUGCCUGUUGAGGCGAGGUUGUGGAUGUCCCCGGACCCUCGUGGUCCCUGCUUCGGAUGAUGUAGGGCAGCAUCCACCUGAACGCACAUCACUACCAAGGCCAAGGUUUUGGAAGGAAGCCCUUCUCCUCUCCCAUCUCAAUAUUAGACCAUGGGACCAUGGGCCACGGGGCUCAGGCCGCCGACCCUGGAGCCCUGACCAGUGAACACAGUUGCCUGUCCUUUACCCUUGUGUCCAUCCAGGAGCGGCCUUCUGCCAGGGACCUGGUCGGCCUGCCUGUUGAGGCGAGGUUGUGGAUGUCCCCGGACCCUCGUGGUCCCUGCUUCGGAUGAUGUAGGGCAGCAUCCACCUGAACGCACAUCACUACCAAGGCCAAGGUUUUGGAAGGAAGCCCUUCUCCUCUCCCAUCUCAAUAUUAGACCAUGGGACCAUGGGCCACGGGGCUCAGGCCGCCGACCCUGGAGCCCUGACCAGUGAACACAGCUGCCUGUCCUUUACCCUUGUGUCCAUCCAGGAGCGGCCUUCUGCCAGGGACCUGGUCGGCCUGCCUGUUGAGGCGAGGUUGUGGAUGUCCCCGGACCCUAGUGGUCCCUGCUUCGGAUGAUGUAGGGCAGCAUCCACCUGAACGCACAUCACUACCAAGGCCAAGGUUUUGGAAGGAAGCCCUUCUCCUCUCCCAUCUCAAUAUUAGACCAUGGGACCAUGGGCCACGGGGCUCAGGCCACCGACCCUGGAGCCCUGACCAGUGAACACAGCUGCCUGUCCUUUACUCUUGUGUCCAUCCAGGAGCGGCCUUCUGCCAGGGACCUGGUCGGCCUGCCUGUUGAGGCGAGGUUGUGGAUGUCCCCGGACCCUAGUGGUCCCUGCUUCGGAUGAUGUAGGGCAGCAUCCACCUGAACGCACAUCACUACCAAGGCCAAGGUUUUGGAAGGAAGCCCUUCUCCUCUCCCAUCUCAAUAUUAGACCAUGGGACCAUGGGCCACGGGGCUCAGGCCGCCGACCCUGGAGCCCUGACCAGUGAACACAGCUGCCUGUCCUUUACCCUUGUGUCCAUCCAGGAGCGGCCUUCUGCCAGGGACCUGGACGGCCUGCCUUUUGAGGCGAGGUUGUGGAUGUCUCCGUACCCUAGUGGUCCCUGCUUCGGAUGAUGUUGGGCAGCAUCCACCUGAAUGCAUUUCAGCACGGACGCCAAGGUUUUGGAAGGAAGCCCUUCUCUUCUCCCAUCUCAAUAUUAGACCAUGGGACCAUGGGCCACGGGACUCAGGCCGCAACCCUGGAGCCCUGACCGGUGAACACAGCUGCCUGUCCUUUACCCUUGUGUCCAUCCAGGAGCGGCCUUCUGCCAGGUUCUAUGUUGCCCGUCCUUGGUCCACUUGAAUCUCUUGAGAGAACUGAGUCCUGUGUGUGCCUAGGCCCUGCCACAGGGACCUGGUCGGCCUGCCUGUUGAGGCGAGGUUGUGGAUGUCCCCGGACCCUAGUGCUCCCUGCUUCGGAUGAUGUAGGGCAGCAUCCACCUGAACGCACAUCACUACCAAGGCCAAGGUUUUGGAAGGAAGCCCUUCUCCUCUCCCAUCUCAAUAUUAGACCAUGGGACCAUGGGCCACGGGGCUCAGGCCACCGACCCUGGAGCCCUGACCAGUGAACACAGCUGCCUGUCCUUUACCCUUGUGUCCAUCCAUGAGCGGCCUUCUGCCAGAAAACAUACAUGGAAGAAAACAAAUGAAAUUUCAGACUGCGUCCAGAAAAUAGAGAUAUUCAAUAUUGUGGAGUAAUAAUUUCACACAUGAGAGAAAUCCUCCCUUUCUGACGUAUGUGGUAAUUUUGAUGGAAAGGAUCUUUGUUUCAAAGACUGAAUUUCCUGGACACAAGUCUUGCUCUCUCCUAAGUGAGUGGAGCCUUCAUCACACUAAAUCCUGGAGAAAUGGCUUUUGUGGGUGUGGAUACCAGAUGCCUGGGUCUCUUUCUUCUUUGCACAAUAAUUGGACAUUCUUUGGAGAUAAAAGUUAAUCCUCCUCAGGAUUUUGAAAUAAUGGAUCCCGGAUUACUAGGUUAUCUCUAUUUGCAAUGGAAACCUCCUGUGCUUAUGGAAAACUUUAAGGAAUGCACAUUGGAAUAUGAGUUAAAAUACCGAUAUGUUGACAGUGACGAUUGGAAGACCAUCAUUACUAGGAAUCUAAUUUACAAGGAUGGGUUUGAUCUUAACAAAGGCAUCGAAGGAAAGAUACGUACGCAUUUGUCAGCGCAGUGUACAAAUGGAUCAGAAGUUCAAAGUUCAUGGAUGGAAGCUUCCUAUGGGAUAUCAGAUGCAGGAAGCCUGGAAACUAAAAUUCAGGAUAUGAAGUGUAUAUAUUAUAACUGGCAGUAUUUGGUUUGCUCUUGGAAGCCUGGCAAGGUAGCACAUUCUGAUACCAACUAUACUAUGUUUUUCUGGUAUGAGGGCUUGGAUCAUGCCUCGCAGUGUUCCAAUUAUCUCCAAGAUAAUGAAAAAAAUGUUGGAUGCAAACUUUCCAACUUGGAGUCAUUAGACUAUAAAGACGUUUUUAUCUGUGUUAAUGGAUCCUCAAACAUGGAACCUAUCAGAUCCAGCUAUACCGUUUUUCAACUUCAAAAUAUAGUUAAACCGUUGCCACCAGAAUUCCUUUAUAUCAGCGUGGAGAAUCCCACUGAGAUGAGAAUGAAAUGGAGCACACCUGGAGGGCCCAUUCCACCGAGGUGUUACACUUACGAACUGGUGGUCCGAGAAGACGGGAUUUCCCGGGAGUCUGCUACAGAUAAAAAUGACAUGAAAUUGAAAAAGAGAGGAAAUGAUAACGAAGAACUGUGCUUUUUUGUAAGAAGCAAAGUCAAUAUAUAUUGCGCAGAUGAUGGAAUUUGGAGUGAAUGGAGUGAAGAGGAAUGCUGGGAAGGUUUCUCGGGGCCAGACUCAAAGAUUGUUUUUAUAGUACCAAUUUGUCUUUUCUUUGUAUUCCUUUUAUUACUUCUUUGCCUGAUUGUGGAGAAGGAAGAACCUGAACCACCAUUGAGCUUGCAUAUGGAUCUGUACAAGGAAGCUUAUUCUUAUGAAGAGACCCUCUGUUAAGCUACACUUUUCCAGGCAUAGAGCCACCCGGAAUGAGCCAUAUUAAACUCAUUUUCUCUUCAAAUUUCAAAUACAACUUAUUGCAAAACAGU